AUGAGCUUCUGCACCGCCAUGCAACGCCCUGUGACAUCAUCCGCCACACUCCUCCGAUGGGCAAAGCCCUCGGCUGGACGCCUGCGUACCUUCUCGUCAUAUGGAAACGCCCACCUAUCCUCCAAGCGGGACAUGCAAACCGCGACUGCCUACCGCCCCCAUACACUGCCCUCUUCUUUCCCGCCUCCUCGAAGCUCCGGCGGCGCUGAUACUUCCAUUUCGGCCGAAUUCCCUCCUUCCGACCUUAGAUCACACCAGAGAGCAUCACAAAACACAUCUCCGAGUGUGAGCCUCCGGGAAGGAGAAGCGCAAAAGUCGAAGCCCACUGCCCCGAAGGCCCGUCGGCCGCUUCGGCCAAGAAAGGCAGCCAUGAAAUUGUCUUCGGUGGCUACCGAGCAGCUUCGGAAGUUGAUGGCACAGCCAGAGCCCAAGUUUAUUCGAGUUGGUGUCAAGAACCGUGGCUGCUCAGGCCUCGCCUAUCACCUGGAGUAUGUGGAGAAGCCAGGUAAAUUCGACGAGGUGGUCGAGCAGGACGGUGUGAAGGUCCUGAUCGACAGCAAGGCCCUGUUCAGUAUUAUCGGCAGUGAAAUGGACUGGCACGAGGAUAAGCUGAGCAGGAGAUUCAUUUUCCGCAACCCCAAUAUCAAGGAAGAAUGCGGCUGCGGCGAAUCCUUCAUGGUUUAA